AUGGAGCCGUCAAAUCCAAUGUCUGGAACCAAGAGCGAGCCUUCAUUGGAUUCGCUUCAAGUCUGCCCAAACUCCAAUGUCAGCAGCAUGACUGGGUAUUCCUGGAAACGACUCCUUUUCUUCACUCGGAAACAGCAUAUUGGGGUUUUAUCUGCGGCCCUCGGCGCAGCAGCUUUGGUUGCAGCUUUAAGGACACUCCUUUCGGUAGUCCUGGGUCGAAUCUUUGACAUCAUUUCGCAGCUUGGCCAAGGAGCACGCACAGGACAGAUCGCUCUUGCUGAUGUCUCGACUUGGUGCCUUGUGCUUGUUGGCCUGGGGAUCGGAAGUUGGAUGGCAAACAGCUUAUUCCUCGGUCUUUGGAUUGUCUUCGGUGAAUUGCAAGCGCGCGAGGCUCGCAAGCGUGCCUUCACCAGUCUUUUGUCCCAGAGGCCAGAGUGGUUUGCGGCACUGAAUGAUGUGUCUUUCAUCAUUCUUUGCAUCGUCACGCGUAAUGUGGAUGCCGAAAUACGGCUACAGAAGCAACACUUACAAAAGGCGUCCACUUCCGCCGCCGCUGCCGUCAACGGAAUCGAUCUUGUCACGAUAUAUGCUGGUCACGACCGGGAAGUAUCCAAAUACGCCUUGGCGCUCAAGAGUGCUGCUCGACACUUCUUGAUUCAAGUUCGUUGCAACUCAAUUCAAACGGGCUACAUUGCCUUCUGGUCAAUCUCAGUUUUUGUUCUGGGCUUCUGGUAUGGCCUCGUCUUGGUUGAAAAGGGAAUGUCGCCCGGAAACGUUGUAACAACGUUUUAUGCAAUUCUUACAGCAUUCCAAGGUAUUGAAGCUCUUGUUGGUCACUGGCUUGUCUUGCUCAAAGGCAAAGGCGCAGUUUACUUCCUAUCAGACCUUGCCAAAUCCGAGGGAAGCUUUGAGGCGCCUUCUGCCAAAAAUCAUCAGGAAUUUAUUGGCGACGUUCGGUUAGAAAAGGUAAACUUUGCCUACGAAUCAAACCCUGACAACAACUGUUUGACAGAAGCAUCAUUGCACUUCCCAGCAAAGAAUAUGACUUUUUUGAUUGGUGACACUGGUUCAGGCAAAAGUACAGUCUGUGCCUUACUCGCCAAUCUUCUUACACCUGCUAGUGGGAAAGUAUUGUUUGAUGGCUGUCCUGUUGAUCAGCUAUGUCAGGCUUGUCUCCGAAGGCAAAUCGCUUUACUACAGCAGACCGGUCCUGUCAUUCAUGACACAUUCUUCAACAAUGUGGCACUUGGACAUACAUAUCCAUCAAAGGUCACUGAGUCUGAUGUCUUCCAAGCAUGUGAAUUUGCGGGGUUACGAUCCCUUAUACUGAACUUGCCUUUCGGAUUAUCUACAGUGAUUUCGUCUGAUGGCCAUAUACUCAGUGGUGGCCAGAGACAGAAACUUGCUCUGGCAAGGGCGUGGUUACGAGACCCGGCAGUCUUGAUUAUGGACGAGCCCACUAGUGCCUUGGAUCCUAUCAGUAAAUCCGAAUUCAUGACGGCCAUUAGAAGGUGGCGACGGGAGAAAACCACCAUCGUUGUUACCCAUGAUUUGUCAAACAUUGAAGAUCAAGACUUCGUUUACAUUUUGAAAAAUGGCUCUGUAUUUCGCCAGGGGAAAAUGCGAGAGCUACGGGAUGUCGCGACGGCCUUCUGUAACUCGGAGAGCGAGGGACCAUCAAAUCACCACGGCUCGCGGGAUAGCUUGGCUUCAGAUUCAACUAAGACGCAACAAACAAGUCAAUCAUGCCAUAUAUACUACAGCCAGUUGCCCACUGUCUCGCCGCAAAACAUGUCCUCCCUAAUAUUAUCAGCAAAAACAGACAGCUGCCAUGAUAGAAGAACUUCCCGAGCCGAUUGCCGCAGAAGUGUGACACGACCGCCAUCCUUGUGUUGGCAACUGCCUUCCGAUUGCGAAGGGACAAAGCAGCAGUUUUCGAACUACCUAGAUCGCCAUUUCGAAACACCAGCCGCAAAUGGGGAACUCUUACACCAAGACUGGCUCUUUGGGUUAAAAGAUAAGCAGACACUAACAGAUAAGAGUGUCACAAGACAGAAUAUCGAGGAUGAUGAUUUAGAAUCUACCUACACGAAAAAAGAAAGCCAGUACGAUAGCAUGUCGGCUAUAUAUGAAGUAUCAGAGAAGAAUUUCGGUCCGCUUAAUCGCCGAGUCGCAUCCUUGCUGGGCAUUGUUAGCACGAUAUGGCCCUCCAUCGCAAACCGAGACCGUGUGACGCUCAUUUUUGCCAUCCUUCUCUGUCUAGUUACUUCUGCCGCAACACCUGCCUUCUCUUACUGUCUUUCUCGACUUCUUAGUGCAAUGUGGACCAAGACAGGCAAAGAAGAAGGAGCGAGGUGGGCUUUAUAUCUUGUCGGAGUUGCCGUCAUCGACGGACUCUCUACAGGAGGGGCACAUUACCUGUUUGAAAAACUUUCCCAGACGUGGGUUGAUAACCUCAGAAAGCGAGCAUUCAGGAAUGUCCUGGGGCAGCCAAGGUCAUGGUUCCAAAGAACUCAGAUAUCAUCUGCACAGCUCAGUCAAUGUCUCGACCGGAACGCCCAAGAGAUGCGCAGUAUCGCGGGCAAGGUCAUUCCUGCUGCAAUCAUUGUUCUCGCACUGACAUCCAUAUCGAUCAUUUGGGCUAUGACAACAUGUUGGAAAUUGACAUUGGUCACACUAUCCCCUUUACCAUUGAUCAUUAUUGCCGUGGAGGCCUAUUCCGUCGUCAGUUCCACAUGGGAGCAGAGAUGUAAUGACGCGGCCACAAAUUCUUCUUCCAUUCUGAAAGAAGCACUUCUCAACUUCGAAUUCGUUCGAGUCUUUGCACUGGAGUCUUAUUUUAGUGGCAAACAAGCUUCAGCGGCAGACCAAGCUCUCCGUGUUGGCCUUGAGAAAUCGCUUUAUACAGGUCCUUUAUUUGGUCUUUACCAGUCCGCCAUUAUGCCCCUCACUGCUUUGGUCUUUUAUUAUGGCACCUUGAUUGUAGCAACAGACUCGAGAACCAGCGUGGGUGAAAUUCUUCAAGUCAUCAACCUCUUGUUGUUUUGCAUUGGCACGACAUUUGAGCUUCUAAAUGGCCUUCCCGAACUUACAGCGUCCAAACAAGCAGCCCCAGAUUUCUUGGAGUAUGUUCAGUUACCCGACGCUACUCAGCCGCUGCGAUACUUGCCGAAUCAGCCUUCUUCCCCGCUCCCAAUUCAGAUGUGUAAUGUAGACUUCACGCCUGACCAGUCUUCUCCUAAAAUUUUGAAUGGCCUAUCCCUUGACAUCAAUCCAGGCCAGUCUCUGGCAAUAGUAGGCGCGUCUGGAAGUGGAAAGUCUACAGCAUUAUCGCUUCUUCUCGGAAUCAACACUCCAAAUCAGUUGUCACAGAAUGAAGCAGAGGUUGACAGAUUCGGGCUGAGUUUUGGCAAUGUGCCCCUACCCAACAUCGACAUGGAAUGCCUCCGUUCAACAAUGGCGUACGUCCCGCAAAAACCCUUUCUUUUUCCAGCCACUAUUGCCGAAAACAUUGCCUACGGGAUUCAGUCGGCAUCCUCGCAGUCUCUUUUAGAGUCGGUUAUCCAAGCUGCCAAAGCAGCAGGGAUACAUGAGUUCAUCAUUUCUCUUCCAAAUGCGUACGAAACCGUCGUCGGCGAUGGAGGCCAAACACUAUCAGGGGGUCAAUCUCAACUGGUGAACAUAGCGCGUGCCCUGGCAAGAAGGCCAAAACUUCUUAUUCUGGAUGAACCGACAAGUUCGCUAGAUGCGGACAGCGCAGCCACAGUCCGUUCAGCGAUAUUGACCCUUAUCCGAUCGUCGCAAGGGAAGACCCGCGGCAUGGCCGUCGUCGUGGCUACUCAUUGUGUGAAAAUGAUGCAGGUUGUGGACGAGGUCGUACUUCUCGACGCUGGUACCAAGGUUGACCAGGGGACGUACACUUCAUUGGUGGCAAAUCGCGGCCCCCUGAGGCGACUUGUUCAUUAUGGUGCAGAAUGA